AUGUGUUAUCUACCAGAGACCCUAUCCAGUCAGGAUUAUCAGAUAUGCUCCAGUCUGGAGGAGAAGCUACAGAUCUAUGCUGAACUGUCUGUCCUGAGGGGCGAGGCCCAGGACUCACACCCUGAGCCACACCUACUGGUCCAGCCAAACCCAGAGGAGGUGCCCCAGGCUGCAGUACUGCUUACUGCCGCGCUCAGAGAGGCUGAGAACCUGAGGACCACUCUGUCCUCGCUGACCUUUUCCCCCUUCAGCCCCUGCAGCCCUCCCAGGGACCCCCUGUCCCACCCUGUGUCCCCAGCCUGCCCUCCUACCCCCCUGGACAUCCCCUCAGAUGUGGAGGCCUCACUUGGGGACCCUAAUACCAGGGAUGGGGAGUCAGCCUCCCAAGUCCUUGUACUGCAGUCCCUAACUAAUAAUAUUAACCUUAAGGUGUCCCACAGUGUCCAAAGCUUGACCCAGUUACUCUAUAGUCUACAGGCGGCGGUAACCAUCCAAGACAGUUUCUACGAGGUUCAGAAGUUCCUCCUCCAUGAGAGUGACCGCCACUCCCCCCGCUCUCCGAGACCACACACCCCAUGUCUCCGUGGCAACGCUCUGCAGGAGCAGGAGAAGCAGCGUAACCUGGAGAAGCGCCGUGAGGAGGUGGCGGCAGCGGUACGGUUGCAGGGCAGGCUGCACCAGGAGAGACAGCGGUGGGAGAGGGAGUGCCAGGCGCGCCACAGCCAACAGGGGGAGCUGGAGAGCAGGCUGGAGGAGAGGGAGAGACAGUGCCACCUGGAGGCUGAGAGGCUGAAACAGGAGCGGGAAGAGCUGGAGGAGCAGCUGGAGGAGUACCAGCAGAGCCUGGAGAGGCUGAGAGAGAGUCAGAGGAGUGUGGAGAAGGAGAGGGAGAGGCUGGAGACCCAGCAGAACCUGCUGCAGAGCUGGAGACACAGCCGACAGAGGAGCCUGCCUGUCAUGGUCAUACCCCUGGACCGCUGUCAUCAGGACUCACUUCCUGGCCAGCCUGGAGGCCAUCUUGACAACGGCGGCUCAGUCUUUGUCAACGAGGCAGCGGUCACCAUGGCAAUGGGGCUCAACAACCGCCAUAUGCACCACCACCUGCAGCAGCAGCAGAGAGGGUAUGGAGAUGACCCUCAAGCCCACAACAGCCUGAACACCCUACUGGCCCGCUCCAGCCACGGACAGACACUCCAACUCCACCCUGACACACACACACCCCAGGACUGGGCGGGGGGCACCGGUGUCACCGGGUACCUCUACACACCCACAGAGGGACAGGGCUCUGAGCAGAAACCCAACGAUAUAAACACACACCGCAAAGUGAGGGAGACGUGGUCAUUGAUGGCAACAGCGGCUGGACAAUAUCAGGGUGUACCCCCACAUGGAGAUCCCCAACUGGACCUGUCCUUCUUGGUUCCCCUGGAGACGGAGAGUGGGGAUGGGGAGGACGUGGGAGAGGAGAACAUUGUGUACCUCUGAGGCUGAACCCCCUGAGUCCAAACAAGGACUUAAAUCUGGAAUCCUUAAUGGUGAAACUGCCACGUCCGUUUGGGAUAUUACAACAACUAAGAAGUUACUGCAAACAACAAACACCGUUUUUCCCCCUUGGACAUAAUUAGAAUCACAGAUUUAACAUGAAUAUAUGAAGGCUCCGAAUACAAGAUUGGACAGUAAAUAUCUAGGCCUAUUGUAUAUCAACAAGGUUUAAAGAAGUAACAGGACUGGCACAUAUAGAAAUCUCUCAUGCUUUGUCUCUCUGCCCGCCACGUCUGUGCCAGGUACGUGUAUGUGUCGCCAAGUGUUGUCAAUGAGAGACACUUUUAUAGCGCUACAUGUUUAUGUGUCCAUAUGUGCAGUGUGUGUGUGUAACUUCAUCCACUGUGUGUGUGUCUCUGUUGAGAGUUCAACUCCAGGGCUGCCAUCGGGCCUGUGUGCCUGAGGCCCUCCAAUGACAGUUACCCUGACCAACCCUGCUGCCUGCCUUCCCCCUCUCUCCUCACCCCUGUAUCUCUCUGUAACCCUGCCCCACACUGCCCUAAGUCUGCUUCAGUCUACCUCUCGUUUUCUCCCUUGUCCUCUAAGCCCAAUCUCUCCAGGACUAUUUAUUAGGCUCUCCCAGAAUGAAAUGCUGAGGAGAGUCUUCUCUUUGUUACCGCAGGGGGAAAGAGAGAGAGCAGAGGGGCUGGUAUCACUGUAGAAUCAGGCUGAAUCUGUCCAGUUGCUCUGUGGCUGAUUGUCUGGCCAGGAAAUAAACAGCUGCUCGCCCAUUCAUCAGACAAGCUCUAUUUAGAAGGUGAGCGGGAUUCUGCAAACACAUUAGUCAUGAAGGAUGAGGUGAAGCACCAUGAUCAGAAGGGAUUUGGUCCCUUGGUUUCUCAGACUGUCUGGCUCUGGCUACGCCCGGACAGCAUCAUUUGUUUUUAUCCGAAGGACUUUUUAUUGUUUUGAAAGAGUGUAAAGGUAUUGUGGUUUUAGGAAUUAUGUUGUGACUGUAGCAAUAUAUCAAUACAAUAUAGGACACUGCACUACUCUGCCUAUAUAAAGUACAUAUUUUAUUAGGGUCAAACGCAUAUAGUGGUCAAAACCAUAGGACAGAACAUUUCUAUACUUUCAAUGACCUUUGCUUUUAAAAAUGGUUUUAAGUAUCCAAUCAGGGACAGUGCACUGUACAUGUGAAGGAUACCAAAUAUGGCCACAUUUCUUCUGCAUGAUAACUUUUUUUUUACAUCGUUUUUAAAAUUUUAAUGUUUAAAUAUUCCUUCCAAGGCACAUAUUUCAUAGCACAUGAUUUAUUCCAGUGUGUGUUCAGUUACUUUAAGAUUUUGUCUUAUGUAAAGUUACCUUACUAAUGCAUGUGUAGUAAUAGUAGCUGGAUAGUCAGCCUGGUAUCAGUUUAUAUCAGGUUCCAUAGAGGAGGAAGGGGAGGACCAUCCUCCUCAGUGAAUUUAAUAAAAAUAAAAAUAGUGAAACAUUGAAAACGUAAUCCUUUAUAUAAAAAAAUAUACUAAAUCUAUUCACGUCACCAAAUAGUUGAAACACACUGUUUUUCUAUAUAGGUCUACAGUAGCCUCAACAGCACUCAGUAGGGUAACACCAUGGAGUAGCCAUAGGACAGCUCGUUUCCAUCCUCCUCUGGGUACAUUGUUUUAUUAUUUUUGUAUUUGAUUAUUUUACACUUAUUUUACCAGGUAAUUUGACUGAGAGCACGUUCUCAUUUACAGCUACAACCUGGGGAAUAGUUACAGGGGAGAGGAAUUACACCAAUACAACACUUAUAGACUUACACAGUAAUAAUGACAACUUCUGGAGAAUGUCCUCCAAUCUAUCAAAGCUCUUGCAGCAUGAACUGACAUGUUGUCCACCCAAUCAAAGGAUCAGAGAAUGAAUCUAGCACUGAAAGCAUAAAUUGUGGUGAGUAGUUGACUCAAAGUGAAAGACAAUAGCUGACCAGUUUUGAAGAAAUUAAUUUCUUCAAAAAGGAAGGAGAAGCAAGAGAGAGAGCUAUAUUUCUCGUUGUAAUUUUUUUCACUUUCACUUACUUAGCUAGCGAAUGCAGCUAGCUAGUUUAGCCUACUCAAACACCCAGCUCAAACAGGGAGGGAUGCUAUGUUAGUUAGCUGGCUAUGACUAUCCAAAACUGGAAUUCUUCCAAGUCAACGUAAACCUUUGGUUUUAUUAAUUUAUUGCCACUGGGGCGAACUGGUGUAACGGCUAAACUGCUUGCUGUACACUGUACUGCGUGAUUCUCCCGGGUUUACUAACGCGU